GGGCUUGGCUCCAGGUGCCCAGGGGAUGGGAGGGCCCCGGGCCAGCGAGGGGAGAUGUCUGCGCCGGGGCGCGGCCUCUGCGAUGUAGACUUCAAUUUCCCCGACUGUACAAUGGGAGGAAGGCGGGGGCCGAGGGCUCCGCGGGGGAGAGAAGCUGGGAGCGGAGGGCGUGUCCCCACCCCUUUUCCUCCGGACCGCAGCUGAGCCCCGGGGGACGCCUCCUUUUCCCCAUUUCAGGCGGCCCCCGAGCCUGCUUCCACCCGCGGGACCUGUGCCCCUUUCCGUGGGGAUCCCAGGCUGCUCCCGUCCCCCGCACCCGCUGUUAGAUCCUGCACGUCACUGCCAAGCCCAGCAGGGCUGCCCCAGGUGCCCGGCCCAGGGCCCGCAGUGGACGGUUCUUGGGCACACAGCAGGCCGGGCAGGUGUCUCCGGACCUGAAGCAGAGCUGAGAGAUGCCGCCGGAGCGCCUGCAGGGGGGCUGCGUUCUGGAGACGCGCCGUGGGCGGUGAAGAGCGCUGGGGGAGCCCCUCGACCGACGGCAGGGUCGCCCCGGCUCCCGCGAAGAAGGGGCUCGGGGCCUGGGCAGGGCCGGCCGUGCCGCAGCUAUGGACCGAGCGCUGGCGCGGCCCGCGUCCUCGCUGAGCCCGCCCGCCGGCCGCCGCGCGCGCCAUGGACGGCUUCUCGGUGUACAUCGCGGUGGAGCUGGCCAUCGCCGUGCUGGCCAUCCUGGGCAACGUGCUGGUGUGCUGGGCCGUGUGGCUCAACAGCAACCUGCAGAGCGUCACCAACUACUUCGUGGCGUCGCUGGCGGCGGCCGACAUCGCCGUGGGGGUGCUCGCCAUCCCCUUCGCCGUGACCCUGAGCACCGGCUUCUGCGCGGCCUGCCACAGCUGCCUCUUCUUCGCCUGCUUCGUCCUGGUGCUCACGCAGAGCUCCAUCUUCAGCCUGCUGGCCAUCGCCAUUGACCGCUACAUCGCCAUCCGGAUCCCGCUGCGGUACAACGGCUUGGUGACGGGCUCGCGGGCCAAGGGCGUCAUCGCCGUCUGCUGGGCGCUGUCCUGCGCCAUCGGCCUGGCCCCCAUGCUGGGCUGGAACGGCUGCGGCCGGCAGGGGCCCGGGAACGGCUCGCGGGCCUGCGGGCGGGGCCGGGUGGCCUGCGUCUUCGAGGACGUGGUGCCGAUGGGCUACAUGGUCUACUGCAACUUCCUGGCCUGCGUGCAGCUGCCGCUGCUGCUCAUGCUCGGCGUCUACCUGCGCAUCUUCCUGGCGGCGCGGCGGCAGCUGCGGCAGGCGGGGAGCCGGCCGGGGGCGCGCGCGCGCUCCACGCUGCACAAGGAGGUGCACGCCGCCAAGUCGCUGGCCGUCAUCGUGGGGCUGUUCGCGCUGUGCUGGCUGCCGCUGCACGUGGUCAACUGCUUCACCUUCUUCUGCCCCUCGUGCGGCCACGCCCCGCCCUGGCUCAUGUACCUGGCCAUCGUCCUCUCGCACGGCAACUCGGCGGUGAACCCGUUCGUCUACGCCUACCGCAUCCGCGAGUUCCGCCACACCUUCCGCAGGAUCCUGCGCAGCCACGUGCUGCGGCGGCGCGAGCCCUUCAAGGCGGGGGGCCCCGGCGCCCGCGCCCUGGCGGCCGCCGACACGGAGCGCGUGGGCCUCCGCCUCAACGGCCACCCGCCCGGGGGCGCCUGGGCCAACGGCAGCGCCGCCCGGCCCGACGGCGCCGCCCUGGCGCUGCCCAGCGCCCUCCCGGACGCGCAGCUCCAGGGCCGGCGCCCAGAGUCCCCGGGCCCCGGGGGCCCCCGGGCCGGGGCAGGAGUGUCCUGAGGACCCGCCGAGGCCAC